UUUAUAUUCCCCUCCUCCACCACUUUCUUAGGUGCACUUUACUCCUCCAAUAAUAAUAAUAAUAUUCCAAUGAAGCAAAAAAUUGCUUUGCUUUUCUUUGUUCUCCUUCUUUUUUCUUUCUCAGCUUAUGCUCGCCUUCUUUUACAACAAGAAGGCCCAAAACAAGGUCAAAAUGAAGUGAUCAUUGCUAACACUCUUGUUCACACAUCCCACAAUGAUGAGCUAAAAGAUGAUAUUAUUGAAGAAUUAAUGGGAUAUGAGAAUUGUGAUGAGAAGAAUGAAGAAUGCUAUGGUAGAAGGAUGACUUUGGAAGCACAUUUGGAUUACAUCUACACUCAAAAUAUGCAAAGGUAUCUCAUGUUCAGUCACACACUGAAUCAAAAGAUGAUGAUAUGCAUAAGUUAAAAGAAUUUGAGAAGCGAAUGAUGGAGGAAGCACACUUGGAUUAUAUCUACACCCAACCCCUCUCUCCACCUGCGAAAUAAAUCAAAUUGCAUGCUUGCUUAUGAUUAUCAAGAACAUGAGAGCCUAAAGAAAUUUGAGAAAUAAAAAUAAAUUUGGGCAUUUCCAUUGUUAAGGUUGUGCUUUGACCGUGAUUGCCUAAAGAAAUUAAAAUAAGGAAUUAUUGAUAGUCACAGUUAGAAAAUAUUUGGAUUGUUAUUACUA